AUGAAUCACGUAGAACUGUCAGAGGCCGCACUGGACGUCGGAGCCGUCCUGGCAAGUGUUGGGUCGGAAGACUGCGGUGCCAUUUCCGUUUUCUUGGGAACGACGCGCAAUCACUGCGAUGGUAAGCCGGUGAGCAGGCUUAGCUACGAAGCGUACGCGCCCAUGGCGAAGCGAGAGAUGCUGCGCAUCUGCGACGGAAUUCGCGAACGCUGGCUCGUGAAGAACGUCGCCAUCGUUCACCGGCUGGGAGUUGUUCCUCUGGCUGAGCCGAGCGUGCUUAUCGCAGUCUCCUCCGAGCACCGCCAGGAGGCGAUGGACGCGUCGAAGUACGCCAUCGAUGAGCUCAAGCGACGUGUCCCGGUCUGGAAGAAGGAGCAUUAUGACGACGGCGACAGUGAGUGGAAAGCGAACAAGGAGUGCUUCUGGACCGAAGGACGCUGA